AUGUCGGCUCCUCAGGAUAACAUCUCCGGCAACGGCAGCGACAUCCUCGAUCAGAUGGACCAGCUCAGAAUGGAGGACCGCCUUGGCCCUGACGGCGAGCCCGCCCCUAAGACGGACGAGGAAUACGCCCAAGCCCAGCUUACCCUCCGUGCGAUCGUAUCCUCCAAGGAAGCCGGUGUCAUUAUUGGCAAAGGCGGCAAGAACGUCGCCGAUCUCAGGGACGAGACUGGCGUUAAGGCCGGUGUCAGUAAAGUCGUGCAAGGUGUGCAUGACCGUGUCUUGACCAUCACUGGUGGAUGCGACGCUAUCUCUCGUGCCUACGCCAUUGUCGCCCGCGCUCUGCUCGAGGGUGCUCCCGCUAUGGGCAUGGGAGGCGUAGUUCAAAGCAACGGUACUCACCCCAUCAAGCUCCUCAUCUCUCACAACCAGAUGGGCACCAUCAUCGGAAGACAAGGUCUCAAGAUCAAGCAUAUUCAGGACGCCUCAGGAGUUCGCAUGGUCGCCCAGAAAGAGAUGCUCCCUCAAUCUACCGAGAGAAUAGUCGAGGUCCAGGGAACUCCCGAGGGUAUUCAGCGCGCUAUCUGGGAGAUCUGCAAAUGCUUGGUUGAUGACUGGCAGCGAGGCACUGGCACCGUCCUCUACAACCCCGUUGUCCGUACUCAGCCUUCCACCAGCGGAGGUACUAGCGGUGGAACAGGAUUCAACCAGGGCUCUGGUAGAAACGAGUAUGGCGGUAGCCCCCGUGUCAUGCGAACAGGCAACGGUGCCGAUUUCAGUAACGGCAGCUCAAGGCCAUACACCCGCCGCUCCGACUCUGACGCUGCUCUUCGGGGCCCACCUACCCACGAUGAGAAUGGCGAAGAGAUCCAGACUCAGAACAUCAGCAUCCCCGCAGACAUGGUUGGUUGUAUCAUCGGACGCGCUGGUAGCAAGAUCAGCGAGAUCCGAAAGACAUCCAACGCGCGCAUUUCUAUUGCUAAGGCACCUCAUGAUGAGACUGGUGAGCGCAUGUUCACUAUCAUGGGUACUGCCAAGGCCAACGAGUCGGCACUAUUCCUCUUGUACGAGAACUUGGAGGCUGAAAAGAUGCGCCGAAGCCAGCUUCAGGAGGCUGAGUAA